AUGCCGAAGCACGAGUUCUCUGUGGACAUUAACUGUGAAGGCUGCUCCAAUGCGGUCAGUCGGGUGCUCAACAAGCUAGGAGGAGUUGAGUUUGACACUGACCUACACAACAAGAAGGUUUGCAUCAACUCUGAGCACACAGUGGAUCUUCUGCUGGAGACCUUGCAAAAAACAGGAAAAGCUGUUUCCUACCUCGGCCCCAAGUAGUGAGGGCCUGGACCCCUGGGCCCAAGAUGGACCAAAGGGGGCAGGCCUCUGAUCCUCUCCUGCCUUGUGGACAGACAAGGGGCCUGGCAGUCCUUCUCAGCAAUGGGAGUUCCCACAGAGACCCUCACCAGCCCUGCUCCUCCCUAACUU